UUUCUCUCUGACAUAAACUGGCGGAUUGCGAUUUGCAAUAUUUGCAACACAGUGUAGAUCGCCUUUAACUUUGACAUCUGACGGGAUCAGUUUAUUUCUUUCUCAAGAGAUAGAAUAAGCAGAAGAUGGCACGGCUUGUUUCAAAAUCGGCUGAAUUGGUAAAACUUGGUGUUACUCAAGCAAAGCCUGUAUUGCAAGUAUGGUUGCAGUAUGCCAAAGUAGAACUGACGCCACCCACUCUAAAAGACAUCUCAGCAAUUCGUAAUGGAUUUUCACAAUUGAUCCAUUCUGCACGGACUGGGCGUUAUCGUGAUGUUACCGUGCGUCAAGGUAUCAUAAAUACCUUAGUAGCUGUUGAAGUAUAUUGCUGGUUCUUUGUUGGAGAAUGUAUCGGAAAGCGACAUAUUGUUGGAUAUGAUGUAUAAGUACAUGUAUAAUUUUAUACAGAAUCCUGUAUAAAUUAGACUUACUCGUAAAUAUAUAAAAAUA